UGGAUUGUGGUAGGUGUAUCUAAGCAUGUCUUUCUUCGUUGGCUGGUACAGAUUCUACGGAUAUAUCCAUCCACCGAACACCAAAACGCCACCGCGCUUCCCCUCCAUCCACCCGCUUCUCCUCCUCUCUCUCUCCUGCACCCCAUCCAUGGAGUCCAACCCCACCUCCCAAACCCUGGAAGCCCCUGACCUCGAAUCCCCAGACUCAGAAAACCAGCAGCAACCUUUGGAGCUCACCAAACCCCUUCCAGUAGCCUCCAUUUCCCUCUCCCUCUCCCUCUCCUCCCUCCUCUCCUCCCCCCAAAAACCCUCCCUUUCCCCCUUCGCCCACAUCAAAAUCCCCUCCCAGAUCUCCUCCCUCGUCCGCCUCUCCCUCUCCACUUCUUCCUCGAAACCCUCCUCCAAAAUCUCCACACCCUCUCGCAUCGCUAACUCCCCCCUCCAAUCCCCCUCCCCACUCCUCCGCCGCCGCCCCGCCGACCCCUCCCACUCCGCCGCCGGCCGUCGCUGCACCGUUGUCUGGUUCCGCGCCGACCUCCGCGUCCAUGACAACGAGGCCCUGACGGCCGCCACCAAUGACUCCCUCUCCCUCCUCCCUGUAUAUGUCUUCGACCCCCGGGACUACGGCAAGUCCUCCUCGGGCUUUGACAAGACCGGACCCUACCGCGCCACCUUCCUCCUCCAGUCCGUCGCCGAUCUCCGCGGCAGGCUCCGCGAACGGGGCUCCGACCUUGUCGUCCGGGUCGGCCGACCGGAGACGGUGCUGGUGGACCUUGCCCGUGCUGUUGGUGCCGACGCGGUGUACGCCCACCGGGAGGUGUCUCACGAUGAGGUGCGGGCGGAGGAGCGGGUGGCGAAGGCCAUGGAGGCAGAGGGGGUGGAGGUGAAGUACUUCUGGGGGAGCACGCUGUACCACAUUGAUGAUUUGUCGUUCGAGGUGGAGCAGAUGCCAUCUAAUUACGGGGGGUUCAGGGAGAAAGUGCAGGGGGUGGCGGUGAGGAAGACAAUCGAGGCUCUGGACCAGAUUAAGGGGCUGCCGUCGAGAGGCGAUGUUGACCCUGGAGAGAUUCCGAGCUUGGUCGACCUCGGGCUCAACCCGGCGCCAACCAUGUCUCAGGAUGGAAAACCUACCAUGAAUGCUUCACUUGUGGGUGGUGAGACUGAAGCACUGGAGAGACUGAAAAAGCUUGCAGCUGAAUGCCGUGCCCAACCAAACAAAGGGGAAGGUUCUCGAGAUAGCAUCUAUGGUGCUAGUUUCUCCUGCAAAAUCUCACCAUGGCUAGCAACAGGAUGCCUUUCUCCACGUUUCAUGUAUGAUGAGCUGAAAAAGACUGCAACAAGAGCAAUACCUGUUGCCUCAACUCCAAAGAAUGGUGCUGCUUCAGCAGAUAAUGGAAUGAAUUGGUUAAUGUAUGAACUAUUAUGGAGGGAUUUUUUCAGGUUCAUCACUAAAAAAUACAGCUCCACCAAGAAAAGGAUUGAAGCUGAGCCAGCCACAGCUUGCACCGGUGCUCUUGUUUGAGUCUUCUGGAACCUGGAGAUUACUGGAAAUCAGAACUGAAUUCAAUUCAACGUGGCCUGUGCCCUGAAAUGGAGUUUCUGAAAGACUACUGUAUCUGUCAAUCCCAUCUUUCUCUCUCCAUAAGUUGCAGCUAGUUCUCACCCUUCUCAUACAUGAUUGAUCAAAAUUUUGAUCUGUGGACUGAGUGUUCAGGAGAAGAUGCAUCUCCCUCUCCCCUGCAUUUUAUAUCUUCUUCUUAUUUCCUUUGCUUCAUCAGAUAAUUAUUUGGGUUUUUGAAGCAACCCACAAGCAAUAAUCAGACAAUUCGGUUGAUUGUCCCAAUGUCGACAGCCUGUUAUUAAUUCCUAGUAGAGGUUUUCUUGUUCAGUGACUUUGGACAACCGGCCACAUUGGCCAAUGGUGGUCAGGUUGCCUUGCAAGCUUGUCAUCAUCUUCUUGCUAGCCUCGUGGUGUUGGAUGUCGCAAAUAAUCUUUGCGCAAAACAAGCAUUUUUUACCGUGCCAUGUCCAAUGUGAAAUAAGAUAUUUGAGUUGCUGGAAA